ACACGUUAUAGAUGGCAGCGAGAAGUGCCGUGGGAUUUGUGUCAGCCUGGCAGCUAGAGGAGCGCUAGCACAGGCGUGGCAUGCAUUGUUGGUAUGUUGGAUGCUGAGGCAGGAGUUGAUGCGCCAGGCAACAAAGCCGACACACCGGCAUUUGUAGUAACAUCAUUUGUCGACACCGCUGCACCCUACCGCCUUUUUGUUGGCUUAUCGCCGGGCUUGGACUUAUCGCCAGGAUUUAGGCUUGAGCCUGUCGUCAAGCUUGGAACACCUCUUGGACUACAUAACCUAAUCGUUCACGUAGCAGCCGUGCUGGGUUCUGUCCUAGUGGCCCUUGCCCUUGACAGUUUGUGCCGGGAGCCUGGCAUGACAGUGUCACUUGGGCUUCCUUUCUUGUACAUGAGGACCGCCUUGCGUGAGGUUCCUGGACCUUGAGCGGCGAUUGCAACAAAAUUGAUUUUUAAGAGCAUAUAAUUC